AUGGUGCAAAGGAUAAAUUCAGGAAUGAAAUUCCAGGACUUCAGGAGUGCUCUGUGGAAGUCACUCAUUGAAUACUUCGAAACGAGUAAUCUCCAUGGGUACAGGGAGUUUGUCAAUGGAGACAGCUUCUGGGUGCGGAGGAUAAUUUGCAUUUGGAUGCCCAUCUUUGCCACAGCAUGGGGUAUACAGCUCGUGCUCUAUGAAUACAAUUUCUUCGUAUCAAAUCCCAUGAUUACCACCCUCAUAUCCAAUCAGUAUCCUGCCUACAAUUUCCCCUUUCCUGCCGUUGCAAUUUGUCCAAAUAAUAAAAUUAGCAAAACUGCAGCAUGGCGGUAUGCUCAAGAAUUGCAUAACCGAUCAGAUGGAGCUAGAUCAGUGGAGUUUAUUUAUGAGCAGCUAAAGUACUUGGGUCAUUUGAUUGAUGCCCAAGAUCCAGAUCCGAGCGCUGGUGUUUGGCUUCAGGAAUUCAUUGAUAGGUACGAAGUGCCCAGCGCUUCGGGAUGGAGCGAUAUCAAGGGCUUGAUGUCACGGCUACAACCGGAUUGCGACAAUAUCCUCCUGAAAUGUAUCUACGAGGAGAAGGUCAUUGACUGCAAGACGCGCUUUGUACGACGACUCACAAUUGAGGGAUAUUGCUGCACCUUCAACUACCUCCGUCGAACUGAGGAUUACAAGACAGAUCCAACGCUAAUCUAUCCAAAGCUCACGGGCAUCGGGAAGGGCGUCACAAUUGUUCUCAAUGCAUCAACAGAUGACUACCAUUUCCCCCUCUUUACCAAUGAUGGCUUCAACGUCCACGUUUUCUACUCCCACGACUACCCAGAUCCAUCUGCAGGGCUGAUAAUUAAGCGCUUCGUUGCACCUCUAAUGGAAUCCUUCAUCCAGCUGCGAGUCAUCAUUGUCAAGGCUCUGGAUAAUGUUCACUUCUUCACAGAAUAUCAGCGUGGAUGCCGCUUCCCAGCAGACCUCUCAAAGGAAUACAACAGAUUCUACAGCUACAGUGAUUGCUUGGUCAAGUGCCGCAUCCACAGCUUGGCAGCUCUCUGUGGAUGUAUUCCUUUCUACUUACCUCGUAAUUUUCAGGAUCCCAUUAUGGUGUCAAGUCCCACGUGUAAUCUCAAUCAUCUCCAGUGCCUCGAUAGGUACAGAGGUAAACUGCAUACAGAAUCGGUUCAAGGAUUAGAACGUGAACUUGAGGACUCAAUUGAUUGUCCCGAAUGCCUUCCUCUCUGCUCCUACGUCCGCUAUAACGUCGAUCAAACGGAUUCCUUCAUCUCGCCUGAUCCCAAAAAUCGUCCAGCUGAUGGACUCCUCGAGGGCUACCACAAUGUGUCGCGCGUCUCCAUUGUCAAGGUCUAUUUUGCAAAUUCCGACUCAAUUCUCUACCAUCAAACUGUCCGGAAUACCUGGUAUGGACUCCUUAGCAAUCUCGGAGGGACUCUCGGGCUCUGCGUUGGAUUUUCUCUUGUGAGCGUUUUGGAAUUCCUCUAUCACAUGUCUUUUCGUGUUUACCGGGAGUUGUAUCCCGUGGAAAAGCAUGAAACACGAGACCGGAUGUCCUACAAGGAAAUGGAGAAGAUUCUCAACAAGAAAUUGAAAUUUUAA